AUGUACACUACAGCAGAAAGGCCAAAAGGGGAAAAACUGUCCGAAAAUUCUUUGCAAGAAUUUCGCAAAAUUGUCUGGAAUUUCUGGGUUUCACAGUUUGAUUUCGAGAAGAUGCAGCGGGGAACACUUGAAGUCCUUCUCGUUAAUGCUAAAGGCCUUGAAAACACUGAUUUCCUCAAUAACAUGGAUCCGUAUGUGACCAUCAGUUACCGUUCUCAGGAGCAUAAAAGCAGCGUUGCAUCAGGUGGGAGUGGAUCGGAGCCCGAAUGGAAUGAGACGUUUAAGCUUUCGAUUUCUGAGAGUGAGGAUGACCCUGAAUUACUACUCAAGAUUUUAGACAGUGAUGCAGGGGAAGAUGAUUUUGUGGGAGAGGCCAAGAUUGCGAUUGAACCUGUGUUUGAAGAAGGAAGCAUUCCUGUCACAACAUACUCUGUUGUCAAAGAUGAAGAAUUCAAAGGCGAGAUUCGAGUGGGCCUCACUUUUACUCCUCAGGAUAUAGACGAAAACAGCGCCCAGGAAGAGAGCUAUGGUGGCUGGAAAGAGUCCGCACUUGAAUGA